CUUCAUUAAGAUUCAUAGUGUCAACUUGAAAUUCAUCAUUUAAUAGAAAGAGUCAAGAAAAUCAAGGAAAUACUGUGAACCUAAAAUAUCAGCAAUGUCGGUAUGUGCCAGCAGCAAUGAAGUUUCAACCAAUGGUACUGCCAAGUAUAUUCGUUACACUGUUCCAAUUUACCUUCUGUCAAUUAUUGCAAUUAUUGGGAUUUUUGCAAAUUUGAUGGUAAUUAUUGUGUUUAUCAAAUGCAAAAUUCAUCGUAGAUCAUUCACAUAUCUCAUGGUACUUCAACAAUCCUUUCUCGACAUGAUAGUAUGUUUAAUCUAUCUAUGUUUUUACAACUACUAUCCUGCCCCUAACAUAAAUUUUGCUGUCUAUUGCAAGUUUGGAACAUUUUUCUUCUUCUUUUUAUCUGCCUCAGCGUUAAACCUAGUCUUCAUUUCUGUUGAGAGGUACAUUGCAGUGGUGCAUCCGUUGAAGUACUGGAUAAGAGAUAACCAGAAAAGGAAAACUUUACCAAAGUUAUGUAUUCCACUCGUAGCUGCAUUUCUAAUAACAUUUCAGUAUGCGUUCAUACUUGAAGAAGACCCUGCACUUCCUGGAACAUGCACCUUUUGUUACAAAAACGAAGGCAUUAAGAUACUGUCAGGUACAUUUAUAUUGCUGACAAAUUGGGCAAUUCCAAUUUUCACUAUGACAUUCUGCUACUAUCAUGUGUAUAUCACACUGAAGAAGAAACAACCUAAAAUUCGCAAAGAAUUAACAAUGCAAGCACAUACAAAGGGUGCUGGUGAUGAAUCAGCUGUUGAGAUAAAUAUUUCACCAUCGCAAGCCAAUCGGAAAGACAAGGCACAUGAUGCUCAACGAAAUUUCAUCAUUACUAUGUCCAUUAACACACUGGUCUAUUCCAUCUGUAUUACUCCCGUGAUUUUGAUGUAUGUUGUUUAUACGGUAUGCAAUUGUUUUGAUAUUACUAAUACUGCUCACGAAUCUGUCUUUUUGAUUGCUGCAAUCAACAAUAUAAUGAAUCCGUUUGUUUACCUCUACAAACUCAAAGACUUUAAAGAAGCAUUCUCUAAGACUUUCUGUCGUAAAUGUUAGAGACUGUGUUACCUAUCCAUACACACCAAGUGUCACGCAUUCGGAAAGAGACAUGCGCAUUUGGGAUAUGUCUCACGCUCUCACACUUCAGGACCAAAAUCGCAUGCAUAAAUGUAAAGCCUAUAUUAUUAAAACAUAUGCUAAAAUAUCAUGGUAACGUUAUGUUACCAACAUGUGUAUACCAACUAGCUGCACUAACACUUUAGAUAUGUUGAUUUAUAGUGCUGUCGGACAACAUCAAAUGAUGUGUAGGUACACGCUGUCAGCUCAUUGGGUGGAAGAAAAUUGUGUGGGUUCAAGGGAGAGGGGGGUGGGCCCUCCCUAAAUUUUUCAAAAUAAACAAAAAUAAUGGAGGGAACAUAGGUAGAUUCAAGGAGGAGGGGGUAGGCCCUCUUUCAAUUAAAAAAAACAAACAAUUGAUUCUUCUCCUUAUCCCAUACUUUUCAAUCUCAUGCCUGCAAAUUCGUUCAACUGCUUGUGAGUGCCACUGGUGCACUAUAAAAAGCAAGUUGGAGGA